UAAGUCUAUACAUCCUUUCAAUUUUCGCGAACACUCCCUUUCAGCAGGGUAACUAUUGUAGGAAAAAACUUUGUUUCCAUUUUAAAGCUGGUAUCAAAUAAUGUACGAUUAUAUAAAAUAUGGAAAAAACUUAAUAAACAAAAUAUAAGAUUAACAAGAACUUUUAGGUCUCAUUUUAUAAUAACCAUGACUUUUCAUUUUUCGUCUGUUCUUUUUUCCUUUGUUGUCGAUGAAUUUACUUGCAAUUUUGUAGAUUUUAUUUUUAAUUGAUCAAUAGUUUAGAAUAGAAAAACAGUUAGAGGGGGCAUUUUGAGAUCCUGAGCGGCCAAAACCAACCUGGGACCAUGCCAUAAGUUUUUGACAAACAAAGAGAAAAGAGUUCAUAAAUUCACUUUUGCAUGUUUCUGGAAAAAAUACAUUAUAAAAAACCGUAAUGCUGCAUGUCUAGUCUCAAAUUUUUAUCACUUCUAAAAUUGUUGAAUCUGAAAAACCAUCUCAUAUAUUGAAGUAAAGUCUUGAUAUCUUUUAAUUUUUACAAUUUGUGAAAAUUUGAAAUUUUGAUAAUUCACGAACAAAAAUGAGAAAAUCUGCGAAAUUUAAGAAUUAGUAUCUAAUGAUGUACAGAUAGAAAAAAUAACAACGGAUUUUAUAAAAGACCUGGUGUCCCAGUAGACCUAUACAUUUCAGGUGUCCCUGUAAACAAAUCUAAACCUCUAAUGAAGAAACAAUCCAAGUUGACCCUUCAAGCUAAUAGAGAGGCGGAGAGGUCAAGAUGUCUGGUUGCAAUACGGAAAUCUGCCAUGGAAGUAUCCUCAUCUUCUACUUUAGAGGAAGCACAUUUAGAGCGCCUCCUGGCGGACAGAGAUUUUUCUGCAAACCUGUUCGGACUGUUUGAUCCUGAAUCCCUGGGGUUUAUUAAGCAGGAGGAUUGGGUCGGUCAACUUAAAUAUGCGCUCAACACCAGGAGUGGGACAUUAAAGCAGAGAAGUUUUAUAUAUAUGGAGCUAAUCGAUCUUUUAGAAGCCCUGGCGUACCUAAUCUGCAAUGAGUAUCAUAUAACCCCGGAUAAGUUCUAUCAGAUCUGGGUGUGCAAGGGUAGUGCCAGCAAGCUGUUGAAGUGUAUGGACAAGAAUAUGGACGGAGACGUGACUGUUGAGGAGUUCAUGGCCUUCCUUGUUACCCUCACUAGCAAACAUGAAAAUUCUACACUUACCCCGGAGAAUCUGGCUUGGUUAGAGGUCGUCUUCAGAGAAAACCUAAAGCCUGGACAGCAGGAGUUCACCGUCGACGAAUUUAAGAAGAUUGUUCCAUCAAAAAAUAAAUAUUUCCUGGAACGUGCGUUUACAAUCUUCGACAAGGAUAAGUCUGGAACUGUGUCGCUGGAAGAGUUCCUUGAAACUAUGCAACAGUUUGCGACUCAGGAUGAUGACGAUAAAAUACAUUUCCUAUUCAAAGUUUAUGAUCCUAACGGCGAUGGGGUCAUAGAUGAAUCCGAACUUUGUGAGGUGUUAAAGGCCUGUAUGGCUGAAAGUGGAAUGAAGUUUGAUGAAAAAGAAGUUUUUAAUCUGGCUAAAGCAUUAUACGAUGACUCAGUCAAGGAGGGUAUGGCAGGAAUAACAGCUGACGAUUUGAAAGAGCAGUUCCAGCGACAUGAAGGACUUUUAGAAAAUCUUACAUUAAAUAUUGGAAAAUGGUUGGUUCCUCCCAAACCUCGAGCUAAGAAAUCUUUACUAGACAAUGUUAAAGAUCUUAUUCCUCAUUAUCUAUCCAUAACAUUCAUCAUGAAUAAUAGGUCUUUUUUCCUGUUCAGUUUAUUCCUGAUCCUGACAAAUAUUGGUUUGUUUAUCUCCCGUGCAGUACACUUUAGAUACUUCCCUAUGCUCAAUGGUUUCAUACCAAACCCAUUCUAUAUGCUUUCUAGGGCUUGUGGUCGAACUUUACUGUUCAACUCAGCUAUUCUUCUUGUUCUAGUUCUUAGAUAUUCCUUGACAGCUUUAAGGAAUCUUGGUUUAGCGGCUUUUCUACCCUUGGAUAAUAAUAUUCUGUUCCAUAAGAAACUGGGUCAGCUUAUCUUCUACCAAUCCUGGCUUCAUACCAUCAUGCAUCUUAUCAACUUCGGUAUAAAUAUUAUGCCUGAUCCAGUAAGAUUUGUCCAGCUAUCAGCUGAUUACUGGUCUGGACCUGACAGUAACUGGACAACCCUAGGUUAUAAUCCACCUCCAGGCUGUAUUCUAGUCAGUGUUAAAUCAGAGGAAGCCAGGGAUUGUGUCCGACCUGAGCAAUAUUUUCCCAACUCUAGUCAAUACAAUCCGGAGAUAACAAUAUGUGAAUCCUGUCCUACCAACUCCACUACUUGGAGCUAUGCGUCCUGGAUACUGACCUGGGAGCCCGGAGUAUUCGGUAUUAUCGGAGGGAUUGCUAAUCCUACCGGAGUAGCACUCAUCAUCAUCCUCACAGUGAUCACAUUCGGAUCCUUGUCUUAUGUCAGGAGAAGUGGAUAUUUUCAGGUUUUUUACUUCAGCCACCUGCUGAACUUCUUCUACUGGAUACUCUUGAUCCUGCACGCUCCUGAGUUCUGGAAAUGGAUUAUUAUCCCUGGCUGUAUAUAUAUACUAGAGAUUAUAUACAGGGUGACCACAAGCUUUCUAGGACAUGGGAAGAGUAAAAUUAUAUCUGUAGUUACAUUCCCGUCAAAAGUGACAAACCUGAUAAUCAGUCGACCUGCAGGAUUCAACUUUAAUCCCGGAGAUUGGGUUUUCAUCAAGAUUCCUGAUAUAGCAAUGUUUGAAUGGCAUCCUUUCACUAUAAGCUCAGCCCCGGAAGUUCAAGACACAUUCACUGUUCAUAUCCGUGGUGUAGGGGAGUGGACGAUUAAACUGUUUAAUUACUUCGAGAAUAAUCUGCCAAACUUAAUAGAAAAUCCCACGACAUCAAGACUUAAAAAACUAACACAAAGGAGGAACCCGAAGCCCCCUAAAGUUACGUCAGAGUUCCAGGAUUUAGCUCAACAGCUGGGAACUCCGAACUCCGAGCGGAAACAAGAGAAUACAACAACAAUUGAUAUUCCGCAACAGAAUGGACAGAAGCAUGGGAAACUAUCAAAAUUAAAACAGUCUAUCCAGAUCUAUGUAGACGGUCCCUUUGGUUCUCCAUCUAGUAACAUAUAUCGAGCAGAACAUGCUGUUCUCAUAGGAACAGGGAUAGGGAUCACUCCCUUUGCAUCAAUUCUUCAAUCCAUUAUGAAAAGGUAUAAGCAGGUGAAAAGGAUGUGUCCAAACUGUGAUUACACCUGGUCAGAUGAUAUGACAACCCUCAUGGUUAAUCUAAAAAAGGUUGAUUUCUUCUGGAUAAACCGUGAUCAGACAAGUUUUGAAUGGUUUGUUAAACUCCUGACUGAACUAGAGAUGGAGCAAGCAGAGACAGGAGGAGAGAUCGGCAGGUUCUUGGAUAUGCACAUGUAUGUAACCUCUGCUCUACAGAAGAAUGAUAUGAAAGCUGUGAUGCUUCAGCUCGCCAUGGAUUUACAUCAUGAAAAGGAGAAAAGAGAUCUAGUGACUGGGUUGAAAUCUAGAAUGAAUGCAGGAAGACCAAACUGGAAUAAGGUUUUUUCAAAACUAAAAGCGGAGAAUAGAGGAAAGAUCACCGUUUUCUUCUGUGGUAAUCCUGCUCUAGCACGGGUCCUUAGACUUAAAUGUGACGAAUUCGGGUUCACGUUCAGGAAGGAGGUUUUUUAGACAUCUGGACAUGUUCCCGAAAAUUAUGGAAACUGAUUACUUCCCUCAAGCUCAACGAUUCCUAAUUUGUGGACACCCUGUUAUAGUAGACCUUCGAUCUUACAAACUAUUUCAAAUUCGGAGACAUAAGAAGUUUGAAAUAUCACAAGUUUAAGCUGUAAGGUUUUAUAACAAAGGAAUAAAAAAAAAACAGUG